GUAGCCCCAUUGUUUUGUGCCACCAUGAAGUAUUUCCAUUUGUGAAACAAACCCUGUCUACGAGCUGAAGGUUCCUGCGGCAUCCACCUCUUCCAGAACUGCAAAACUCACUGCCCUUCUCUCAAUCACCCUUACGAGCUCAGAGAGUCGACGGCAGCAUCAACCUCAGAACUUGCAAGAACUGCAAAAUCCAUUUUGAUCCUUCUCUCAAUCAUCCUCUUGCUUGGCGAUUUCAUAUUGCCCAUUUUGGAGUGUCAAGGGGCAAUCAAGCCUAGGCCUAGGGUUCUCAUUCCUCUUUUCCGUGCGUGCUUUGUGAGGAAAGAACGAAUUCAGGCUAAUAGGUUGUUAUUAUUACCCGAAAAGAAAAGCAAACGCAGAAGCCAUCAUUGCAAAGGAGUGAGUCGACGAAGACAAUCCAAAACCAAACAUGUCCUCCCUUCGAAAUGCCAUUCCCAGUCGUGCGCACAAAGAGCGUUCUCAACCGUCAGCGAGGAAAAAGUUCGGCUUGCUCGAAAAGCAUAAGGAUUAUGUCCAACGUGCUAAAGCAUUCCACAAGAAAGAGGAUACUUUACGGAAACUUAGGGAAAAAGCAGCUAAUAGGAAUGAAGAUGAGUUUUACUUCAAGAUGGUUAGAACAAAAACAGUUGAUGGAGUUCACAGACCAGAGAGUGAAGCAAAUAAGUACACUCAGGAAGAGCUUAUGCUUAUGAAGACUCAGGAUAUGGGUUACAUUCUUCAGAAGGUUCAGAGUGAGAGAAAGAAAAUUGAAAGGCUAACUGCCUCGCUACACUCUAUUGAUAAUCAACCUGCAAACAAACAUGUUUUCUUUGCUGAGGACAGGGAAGAGGCUAAAGAGUUACAAUCAAGAUAUUCAAAAAGUGAAAUUCCUCUUACUAUCGAUAAUAUUCCUACUGGCAUUAAGAGGAAAACAGAUCGGUCUUAUAAAGAGUUGGAAGCAAGAAAAGAUAGACUAAGCCAAUUAGAGAAAAUCUACAUGGAUAUGGCAAUGAAGAAGGAGUUGCAGAAAAAUGGUAGGAAACGCAAACUAACUGAGGAUGAGAUUGUCUGUCCAACAAGUCAACCAGUGUACAAGUGGCGUGCUGAAAGAAAACGAUAAUUGAGUUCUUUUUGGCCUUUUUACUAUUUAGCACAAUGAUUAAAUACUUGUGGGUUGGAUCCGAGUAGUCCAAUGAAGAAGGUGAUUUUACAUGUGAAGCAUCAACUUUUGUAGCUGCAGAAUAGAAAGGCAUACAUUAAUACGAUUAAUUGGGAUCACUAUUGGUGCCAAUAGCUGUCGCUUUCUUGUUUACAAUUCCUUUAUCAUGUAACCAUUUUGUUUACCCUUUUGAGUAUUCUUCUUUGAUGUUGUGGCGACUAAAUUUUGGAAGGUUACCUAACAUCUAUGAUAUUUUUAUAUCUGACAUCUGGAACAUAACAAUAUAUAAAGGAAAUACUACUUUUUGUUUA